AUGUUAGAUCAUCCCCAAACUGUCCUGAGUGUCUCUCCUCAGUGGCUGAACCCUGGAGACUCAGUUACUCUGACCUGUAGGGUUAAAGAGUCAUCUACAGGCUGGAGGUUCUUCUGGUACCGAACUGUUCCCUACACAGCUGGGUUACCCUCCCUGUCAGAUAGGUCCUACUCUGUAGAGCCUCUAUCUGGCAGUGGGACUAGUGAAGACUCCUACACUCUGAUCCCUGCUGGUUCUAGUCACACAGGAGGAUAUGUGUGUAGAGCUGGAAGAGGAGACCCAGUCUAUGACACACUCUACAGUGAACCUCAGUUUUUCUGGUCAAGAGACCUUCCUCGAUCAAGCGUCAGGGUCAAUCACCCAACAAAUAGUCACUACUCUGGAGACACUGUCAAGCUGCAGUGUGAACUAUCAGACGACACAGACUGGAUUUGCUACUGGUUAAUAAAUAAAGAACAGCUUUCAAGUCAGACCAGUAAAACCACCACCACCUCCCUCUCUGACCAGGCUGGUCAGUACCAGUGUGAGGGGACAAGGACAAGACCGCCCCAUAAUUCAUAUCUCAGCUUAUCUUUCCACAUCAGCGUCACUGCUCUUCCUGAAACUGCACUGAACGUGAAUCCAAACCCGGCAUACACUGGAGAGACAGGAACUCUGACGUGUUCAGUGGAAUUGGACAGUGGCUGGAGCUAUACAUGGUAG